AUGACCGAGUCGGAGGGCUUCCUUGCAGCACAGCCCGUCCCCGGAAGCUUCAUGCUUGUCAUGAACGAUGCCCUGAAGCACAUCAAAUUUGCUGGUGUGGGGGGACGUAUGCCGCUGAACCUGUUGAUAUCAUCGUUGAUGCUGGAAGCUCCUCUGCUGAUGCUCCAACAGACGACCCUCAGUGCCGGAGCUCGCGCCACCCAGAAUGCAGAUACCGCCGCCGACGAGCCAAUGCCCUCCGUAGAGGAGAGGAUCUUCGUGGCCAAGGACAAAAGCGCGUCGAAAGACAUCGCCGGCCGUGGCAUGGCAUCCUUCGAAGGCGAGGCGACCAGAAAGGCUACGGCUAAGCUCGCGUUGAACAAGGCGAAAGCCAAAGGGUAUGACGCGGUGCUCGACCGCUACAACAAAGACAAUGUCUUUUCCUGCCCGCUCACUGCAAUUGGCUCUACAAGACGGUCGGCCUGUAUUGUGGCUUGUUUGAACAGCGCUCAUCUCCCGAAUCCGGUACGCACAAUGAUAAUGGCCCAACGAAAAUUGGCUGUGGGAUCGAACGCAUCAGUGAGCCAGAACACUGGAUUCACUGGAUUCAAGCGCGGUGAAAUCCCACAUUGCCGCCUGGUCUACUUUAACGACAUCGGCAAUGAGUUGUGCGCAGCGGCACCACAUGGACAGGAGCCGAAGGGCAACGGCAAGAGCACGAGCACCAAACGCAAAGGCAAGUCAGUGUUGGACUUCUGCCGUUCAAACGGCAUUGUCGUCGAAGCCUUCGCGUGGAAUCGUCUGGAAGUGUUGGUGCAGCAGGAGCUGUUGGACUUGGCGCAGUCCUUGGCACCCCAUAGCACCAACGAAGUGCAUCGGGACUUUGCCCAGCAG